AUGUUAAAGGUUUAUGCAGAAAAUAAGCUGUUAAAGAUUUUUCGAAGGCUGAAGGAGAUGGGCUAUGUCGGUAGAAUGAAGCAAUACGAAGCUUUGCUCCAGGCCUAUGUGACUACCAAGACUCCAGUUUAUGGCUUCAGGGAUAGGAUGAAAGCUGACAACAUCACUGAUCCAACUGCUAAGUGCUCAUAUCAAACUGCUUCUCCACUCAUUAGCCUUGAGUACUCCAACCGCUGGGAUCCAAUGACCGAUGAGAGGAGCAGUAUCGAGUCAUCUCAAGAGGCUCCUCAGAUCUAUAGGUUUAACUUGGAGGAGAUAGAAUGUGCUACUCAGUACUUUUCGGAGGUGAAUUUACUUAGCAAGAAAAGCAGCUUUGCGGCAACAUACAAGGGGAUACUACGCGAUGGAACGGAGGUUGCAGUGAAGAGGAUCAACAAGACUAGUUGCAAGUCAGAGGAAGCUGAGUUUCUCAUGGGUUUGAAGGCAUUGACAUUGCUAAGGCAUGAGAACCUAGUUGGAUUAAGGGGCUUCUGUUAUUCAAGAGCAAGAGGAGAGUGUUUCCUCAUUUAUGAUUUUGUUGCAAAUGGGAGUUUGUCGGAAUAUCUAGAUGUCAAAUGCGAUGAGAUUCACAAGGUCCUUGAUUGGUCUGUAAGAGUUUGUAUCAUCAAAGGCAUUGCUAAAGGUAUGGAAUAUCUCCACAGCGACAAACCUAGCAAGCCCUCCUUGCUCCAUCAAAACAUGUCAUCGACAAAAGUCCUCAUUGACCGCCAUUUCAACCCCCUACUCUCCAGUUCUGCCCUGCACAAACUAUUAGCAGACGAUGCCAUUUUCUCCUCUCUCAAAACAAGUGCUGCCAUGGGCUACUUAGCCCCCGAGUACUCUACCAAUUAAAAUAAAUUAUAGUGGCAAAUACUCUACCUGAGCAGGCUAUCCAAAGCAAACCUUGUGGAUGCAAUAAAUUAUAGUGGCAAAUACUCUACCAAUUAAAAUAAA